GUCGGGUGCCCUGUCAGGCCCUGUCCGAUCCGGUUCGGUCCGGUUCGGUCCGGCUCGGUCCGGUUCGGCCCGGUCCCGCCCGGCCCAUGGGGACGGCUGCCCGCACGCUUUGAUUUGAGGAGAAAAUGUCCCUCUAUGAUGACCUGGGAGUGGAGACCAGUGAUUCCAAAACAGAAGGCUGGUCCAAAAACUUCAAGCUACUGCAGUCACAGCUGCAGGUGAAAAAGGCAGCUCUGACCCAGGCUAAGAGCCAAAGGACCAAACAAACGACAGUUCUUGCUCCAGUAAUCGACUUGAAGCGAGGCGGCUCUUCGGACGACCGGCAGAUCGUGGAUACGCCCCCCCACGUAGCUGCCGGCCUCAAGGAUCCCGUGCCUAGUGGAUUUUCUGCAGGAGAGGUUUUGAUUCCUUUAGCUGAUGAAUAUGAUCCUAUGUUCCCCAAUGAUUACGAGAAAGUAGUGAAACGUCAGAGGGAAGAGCGCCAAAGACAGCGGGAGCUAGAGAGGCAGAAGGAGAUCGAAGAAAGAGAAAAGAGACGUAAAGACAGACAUGAAGCUAGUGGGUUUUCGAGGAGACCAGACCCGGAUUCAGAAGAAGAUGAAGAUUAUGAACGUGAAAGGAGGAAAAGAAGUAUGGGAGGUGCUGCUAUCGCCCCCCCGACUUCUCUGGUGGAGAAAGACAAAGAGCUUCCCAAAGAGUGUCCGUUCGAAGAGGAGUCAAGACCUCGCUCCCAAUCUUCCAAGGCUGCUAUUCCUCCCCCAGUGUACGAUGAACAGGAGAGACCACGAUCUCCAACGGGACCCAGUAAUUCCUUCCUCGCCAACAUGGGCGGCACCGUAGCCCACAAAAUCAUGCAGAAGUAUGGCUUCCGAGAAGGCCAGGGGCUCGGGAAGCAUGAGCAGGGCCUGAGCACGGCGUUGUCAGUAGAGAAGACGAGCAAACGAGGAGGCAAGAUCAUUAUUGGUGAAGCCAUAGAGAAAGAUGCUUCCAAGAAAUCAGAUUCAAAUCCACUAACUGAGAUUCUUAAAUGUCCUACUAAAGUGGUCCUGCUCAGGAACAUGGUAGGGGCUGGAGAGGUCGAUGAAGAUUUGGAAGGCGAAACCAAGGAAGAAUGUGAAAAAUAUGGCAAAGUCGGAAAGUGUGUCAUUUUUGAGAUUCCCGGUGCCCCUGAUGAUGAAGCUGUAAGAAUAUUUUUAGAGUUCGAGAGGGUUGAAUCGGCAAUUAAAGCUGUCGUUGAUCUGAACGGGCGGUAUUUUGGUGGCCGGGUGGUGAAAGCUUGUUUCUACAAUUUGGACAAGUUCAGGGUCCUGGAUCUGGCGGAAGAAGUGUGAUUUAUUUUUUUUAAUUAUUAUUAUUUUUAAGAACUUGAGCACAGGCCUCACUGGCCAAUCUGACUGCGCUACUGGCCGAGAGCAAAGGGCAGGGUGGGAGGCUGCUGGGCCCCCAGGAAGUGACUCUGUUCAAGGACCCCUUGGACUCGUGUGACCGGAUCCUCUCUCCCACCCCCUCCUUUUUUUUAUUUUGUGGCUUUUUUUAUAGUAUAAAACCCUGACAAAAAUGAGUUCCA